GAAAAAAGUGACAUUUGACAAAUUGUGCGUGUGUGCGACAAGUGAAAAAAAAGUCUCGUGAAAAAAUGCUGAAAAACUCAUCAUUUUCCUAUGAAUUUUCACCAUUUGCCACGUAAAAAAUGUUCCCGUGAGUGUUGUACAUCCACCUCAAGUGCAAUUUUGUGUCUAAUUGUCCGGCAAUUGGGUGAUUUUUGUGGUGUUUAUCGACGCUGUCAGAGAAUUUCUCUGCUGGAGUGCCCCCUUUUGGACUCCCCGCAAGUCCCUCCGUCAAGAGUUAUUUGUUGAAAAAUCCAAUGGAGAAAAUUUAAUUACAGAAUAUACACUUCACACAGAACGAAUCGAUAAUUUGUGCUGAUUCAGUGUAAGUUCCUCCCUAAUUGUUUAUCGUCACCAUUCGUCAUUUAUUCUUCUGACCACCUCAAGUAUUUACAAUUACAUAAUCAUCGUGAGUGAAUUUGUUAAUGACAUGCAGAAGAAAUUGAGAGACUCUGAGAUUUGAAAUUACUAAAGAAAAAAAAACACCUUCCUGACUCUCUUUUCUGUGUAUCUUGGCCAGAAAGAGAGAGAGUGUUUUGGUGGCCAAGAGGAGGAAGUGCACGGACAACUGGACAAGAUGACAUGGAACAGCAAAUGUCCACAUAUGGAAAAUGUGGUGCAACUUUCACUGACGGAACUAUGCAAGCUCAAACAGGGAGUUCCGUGUACAGAAUGCGAGGCCUGUGGACCUAAUCUGUGGAUAUGCUUGGAUAAGAAUUGCUUGUAUACAGGAUGUUCAGAGCAGUACAAUGAUCACAGCACCAAGCACUUCAAGCUUUUUCAGGCUCACUCCAUCCACAUGAAUCUGUCGUCACAGAGAAUUUGGUGCUAUCUCUGUCAGCAGGAGGUGUUCCUGGCCACCAGCCAGAGGCGCACUUCUGCCGUUAGUACAGAUUCAGCCGAGUCCCUGCGCCACUUUGAAAAGAUUCUGGGAUAUGAUCGAAGUGGUGGUGGGGAAUCGUGUGGGGAUAGCAGUGCUGAGGAGGACGAUGGGACUUCGGGUGGUGGAGGGGAUCGAAGGCAAUUUGGGGGAUUGGUGGGACUUCAGAAUAUUGCCAAUACGUGCUACAUGAAUGCAGCCCUUCAGGCUCUGAGCAAUACACCUCCACUUACGGGAUAUUUCCUGGAUUGUGGAGCAAUUGCGGAUUAUGUUAGUGAGCAAGUGUCCACGACACAGCAAACAAGGAAACCAGGACUAGCGAAGAGUUACCACAAGUUAAUCAGGGAGAUUUGGUGCAGGAAUCAACUGAGCAGUGGUUACGUUGUUCCCAGUGGAAUUCUUCAUGGUAUCCGAAGUGUUCAUCCCAUGUUCAGAGGAUUCCAGCAGCAUGAUACACAAGAAUUUCUGCGAUGUUUCAUGGAUCAGCUGCAUGAGGAGCUGAAAGAGAUCACUCCGCCACCGCCUGAUGCUUCGUACAUUGAUGCUGUAUGCGAUGGUGAUAGGGCUGAGGAGGAGGAUGAUGCAGUAGAUAGGGAAUCCUCCUGUUCCACCCCAUCACCGUCGCAGUCAGAAGCUGAGUACGAAACCUGCGACAGUGGCGUGAGUGAGCAAUCAACGGCUUCGGAUGAGGGUGAGUCAGAUCAGCAAAUGCAGCAGCGUCGACGUCGCUUUGUUCCUGCUCCACCGGUGGCACCUCAGGUGGCCAGGAGACAGGUAAGGUCGCCUCAGGUGGUGAGUCAGGGAACAAAAGCAGCUCCCCGGAGAUCGAUAAUCAGUGAUGUUUUCGAUGGGAAGUUGCUGUCGUCUGUGCAGUGUUUGACUUGUGAUCGUGUAUCUACACGCGAAGAGACAUUCCAGGACCUCUCACUACCAAUUCCGGGCAAAGAUCAUCUGACUGUGCUCCAUCAGACGCAGCAGAUGGUGUCGCCGGGUGGUGUUCCGGGAUCUGUUGGUGGAAUUUCGUGUACGGAUGCUGUGUAUCAGGGUGGGCAGGAUGGUUGGCUGUGGUGGCUGUGGAGUUGGCUGAGAUCGUGGUUCUGGGGUCCAGCGGUCACCCUGCAUGACUGCAUGGCGGCCUUUUUUAGUGCCGAUGAGCUGAAGAAUGACAACAUGUACAGUUGCGAGAAGUGCAACAAACUCCGCAAUGGCAUCAAGUAUUCGCGCGUCCUGGCCCUCCCUGAGAUGCUGUGUGUCCAUCUCAAGCGCUUUCGUCAUGAUCUCUCGUAUAGCUCCAAAAUCUCAAGUCCUGUCCACUUUCCCCUCCAUGGCCUGGACAUGAGACCCUACCUCCAUCGGGAUUGUCAGUCUGAGGUGUCCACUUAUGAUCUGACAGCUGUCAUCUGUCACCAUGGAACCGUCGGCGGGGGUCACUAUACCAGCUUUGCCCGGCACGAACCGUCCGGGAAGUGGUUUGAAUUCGAUGAUCAGCUCGUGACACAAGUAACUCCAGAUGUUGUGCAGAAUUGUGAGGCCUACGUCCUCUUCUAUCGCAAAAGCAACCACCAGAUGGCGCAACUGCGUGCCCAGGCUCUAGAACUUGUCAACAUCAGCCCUCCUCAAGCUUCGGAUAUUCGUUUCUUCGUGUCCAAGCAGUGGCUCAAUCGCUUCAAUACCUUCGCCGAACCCGGACCCAUCGACAACUGGGCCCUGCUAUGUCCACAUGGAGGUCUGCCUCCGGGAAAGGUCGCCCUGGUGUCCAAACUCGUAGUUCCCCUGCCGCAACCACUCUGGGAUUUCUUCUACGAAAAAUUUGGUGGUGGACCAGCUUGCAAUCAUUUCUUCGAAUGUGACACAUGCAGAAGAGCCGCUGAAUCGCUCACGAAGCGACAGAAGGCAGAACUAGUGGCAUUUAUGGCGUACAAUGAUGAAUUCCAGCUUCUCGAAACUCCAUCGACGAUCUAUGCAAUCUCAAUGGCGUGGUUCAGACAAUGGCAGCUAUUUGCCCGGGGCGCCACAACGGAUGAGCCAGGUCCCAUCAAUAAUACCUCAAUUGCCCAACCAUCGGAUACCCUUCCCAUCCGAAGUGUGAAACCUGGAUCGGACUAUGCUCAGAUCAAUGUAAAAUUGUGGAAAUUUUUCCAUGGCAUUUAUGGUGGUGGUCCGGAGAUUUUACUUCGAGGCAAUCCGCAGGAUGAUGUAAAACCUCAAAGGAUUGAAAAGGCGGAAUCUGAGGAGAUGGAGACGGAGGAGUCUCCAGAGGUUCCUGUGGUGGAGGAAGAGUGUCCUCCUGAGAGCGAAGUUGCUGACAAUGAUGUGAUUUCUCCUGCACAGCCAGAGGAGGACAGUGUGGUGGAGCCUAGGGAAGUAGAUAGUCCUCCACCAUCUGCUCUCAAGAGUGAGACGCCGAUUGUGAGUGGUGAGAAGCGUAUGCCCAAGAAUGUGUCCUUUGAGGAUGUGGAGAGUCUCACAAAUGGCAGCAGUGAGAGGGAUUCGAGGGAUACAAGUGCCAAAGAUGACAACACAGAGGGUUCUCGAACGUAUUCGUCCAGGAAGAAGCUGCGUCAGGAGUCAGAGCGGGGCAAGCGGGAGGACAAAUACAGGAAAUCUAUGAAGAAAUCAAGUAGUCUCUUUGGACCAGAAGGAAAAUUUGUCAAAAUCAUUUCGGAUGCUGAGACAAAUCAUCAGCCUCCUGAUCAAAAUUUCACACAGGAUGAUCCGAAAACACCAAAGAUCAAUGGAGUGUCAAGUGAGGAGGAUUCAGUGGAAGGUCUGCCACUCCUGCACACAACAUCAAUCCCUCAGGUCAGUGAGGUGCCUCACAAUGGUACCAAACACAAGGGUAGCGGCUCCUUUGGGGAAUCCGGCCAUCACAAAAGUCACCAUCGUCGGAAACGCAUGAGCAACAACUGAAUUCGGGUUUAUUGUCAAUUGUUUCUUCUUUCUGGGGAAGGGUGUCUGGCUGAAAGAACCAUUCUAAAUUAUUUCAACUUGCCUUUAAUUUAUGCAAAGAAAUAAUUCCAAUGCUGUCAAUUUUUUUUGAUUUCUAAUGUUCAAAAACGAAUAAAAUCCAUUUUGGGGUGACUGAUUUUUCGUCAAAAUGCCAGCUUCGAAGGAUCAAAAAAAAAAUGUUUCCUCUGUCUUUUUGCUCCAGGAAAUGGAUGUGGCUGGAAAGUUUACCAAUUUAGCAAUAUUAACGUUAUUUGCGUAUUUAUACCAUUUGUAAAUAGCGAUGGAUAUGUUGAAGUCUUAAAUAAAAAUGGUACGAAUGUUGUCGGUC